UAAAUUUGACUUCCUGUCGUGCCUCUACAUUUACACAGAGACUGAGAUGUACCCUGUGGAUGAAACUGAACAGACCAGACAAAGAGAGCAGCUUAUGGCAAACAGCGAAAGCAAGCUUUCAGAAGAGAAAAAGUUCAAACUUGAUGAAGUGAACAUGUUUCACUGUGAACAGGUCGAACCCCAACUCAGACGACUCGAGUUACAUCACACAGACCGCCUGAGUCCGCCACUGGCAAUGCUCACCUGAAAUCCACAACAUCCAGCAUGAGAGAUUAUAUGUAAACUAUAAACUGCCAGUCGACGAUGGAGUUGACACCUGAGCUGAAGGACUCUGUCAGAACUAUAACAGUUUUCAGAUUUCCUGAGUGUCUGUUGGUUUUCUUCCUCCUUCUCUCAGCACCCUGUUUUGAAGGACGGCAUCAGGUGGUCGGUCCGUCUCAGCCAAUAGUGGCAACAGUUGGUGAUGACAUCAUUUUACCAUGCAACCUGGAACCUGCCAUCAAUGCUUCAGACAUGACUGUAGAGUGGGCAAGACCUGACCUGGACCCCAGAUUUGUUUAUGUGCGGCGUGACGGUGUGGAACUAGAGAGUAAAAAACGUCCGUCCUACAAAGGAAGAACGUCUCUGUCCAUCGACAAACUGAAGCUCGGAGACAUUUCACUGAAACUCUCCAAAGUGAAACUCUCUGAUGAGGGAAGGUACAGAUGCUUCAUUCCAGCACUGGGUGACUCUUUAGUUGAGCUUGUUGUUGGUGCUGUCUCCUCACCUUUCAUAGUGAGUACUGACAGAACCAGCAGUGGGGUGAUUUUACAGUGUGAGUCUGCAGGCUGGUAUCCAGAGCCUGAGGUGCUCUGGCUGGACGGUGAGGGAAAGCUCGUCUCUGCUGGACCUACAGAGACCGUCAGAGGUCCUGAUGACCUCUAUACUGUCAGCAGCAGACUGACUGUGGAGACGAGACAUGGCAACAACUACACCUGUAGAAUCCAACAGCAGAACAUCAACCAGGCCAGAGAGACACACAUCCAUGUUCCAGUUGCCUGUUGGAAAUGGAAACGAAAAGUAUCUCUGGUUCUGUGAUGCUGGACAGUCCUGCUCUUCCUGUGAUGGAGGGAGAUGCUGUAGAAAAAAGCAGAAGUCCUCCAUCCUCACCGCUGAAUGUUAUAACACUCAACUUGCAUAAAGCCAUUGUAUGAAUUCUGCUGUCUACCAAAUCUCCUAAAGGAGAAUGUCCGGCCAUCUGUUCGUGACCUCAAGCUGAAGCGAACUUGGGUUCUGCAGCAGGACAAUGAUCCAAAACACACCAGCAAGUCCACCUCUGAAUGGCUGAAGAAGAACAAAAUGAAGACUUUGGAGUGGCCUAGUCAAAGUCCUGACCUGAACCCUAUUGAGAUGCUGUGGCAUGACCUUAAAAAGGCAGUUCAUGCUCGAAAACCCUCCAAUGUGGCUGAAUUACAACAAUUCUGCAAAGAUGAGUGGGCCAAAACUCCUCCACAGCGCUGUAAAAGACUCACUGCAAGUUAUCGCAAACGCUUGAUUGCAGUUGUUGCUGCUAAGGGUGGCCCAACCAGUUAUUAGGUUUAGGGGGCAAUCACCAUUUCACACAGGGCCAUGUAGGUUUGGAUUUUGUUUUCCCUUAAUAAUAACAACCUUCAUUUAAAAACUGCAUUUUGUGUUUACUUGUGUUAUCUUUGACUAAUAUUUAAAUUUGUUUGAUGAUCUGAAACAUUUAAGUGUGACAAACAUGCAAAAAAAAUAAGAAAUCAGGAAGGGGGCAAACACUUUUGCACACCACUGUAUAUUACAUCCAGUUUAUUAAAGAUGUUUCUGUACUUCUUUUAACUAGAUUUGUAAAUAAUUACACGCACAUUUCUGAAGAACUUAACACCCUCUCAGAAUCAUGUCUUUGCAGGCUACCAGUUGUUUUAAAGUUCGCACCAUGCUGCAGUGAUGUAGAAGUGUACUCCAGUGUGUGUCAGAGCACUGUGACACACACUUUUGGGUGUGGCCAGAAGUGAAAGAUGCUUGAAAAAGAGGGCAGCAAAACACAGCUUUUCAGCCUGGUUUUAAGAAGCUCUUUAAGUUGAGAGAGUACAUGCAUACAUUAAAAGAGUGAGUUUUAAUAAAUUUUGGAAUAUUGUUUAUUUUUUCCUGUAUUUAUGAUAAUCUGCAGGUUACAUUUUCUUCAAAGUGUGGCGAAAGGUGCGGGACUUUUGUUUUGGUUUUGAUUCUGUAUUUUGCAGUUUUCCAUGUGUGCAAUGCUUGAUUUGUAUUCUGCACUUUUGCCUUUUUGAACAUCUUUCUCAGCUACACUUACAACAAUACAGCAUUACAACAUUUGCUGAAACAGAAAUGUACUCAAAAUGUCUAAAAUGACUGUCCUUUGCUAUUGUUUUUACUGUAUAAUGUCUAAGACCAUUCCUAUUUCCUUUUCCAUGCUGGAUUUAUGGUCAUUGCAUUGAAGCUUUUGAUAGACUAUCUCUGUUUGCACGUAGUGAUGGUAUACCUCUAAAACAAAACAGGGACUGUUGAAAAGUGAGGGAAGACGAAUUUCAGCAUUAUUUUCUGGUUAUUAACGAUGGUGAUUUUACAGAUUUUUGUAAUUUGUUUGUGAAGGGAUCACACUGAUAUUACCCAAUACAUUUUGUGAAAAUGCGA